CGCGCACGAGCUUGAAAAGGUAAAAGGGGAAAAAAAGAGGGCCUAGCCGGAGCGAGGUAGGAGUAAUUGGCUAGCCGAAGUGGGAUUUGGGUGGCUCGAUCUAGCAGCUCUAAUGCUGCGAUGCUCGAUUUAGAUACAGGAAAAACCGCAUCUGCAACCUGAUUUUACCCAGGGCACUCGUGAUUCGCUUUGCGGGAGCAAGAAAAGGGAAAGGGUAGAAGGCAAUAUCGCUGUUGGGGAAUCCGCUGCAAGAGGUAUGAGCUAGACCACCUGGUAGAAAGGGGGCGGGUGGCCUGUGGUCUACGUAUUGGGCCAAAAUUGGCCAAGGCAUGGAUGAUAAGAGGCUUGAUUCCUCACUGACUGGCUCCAAGGCAUCUCAAUCAUGGUCUUCCGACUCUGGAUGCCAGGGUGAGGUUGUUCCGAGAAAGAGACCGAGAAGUGGGGUAAACCUGUCAAACAUAAAGGAAAAAAAUGGUAAUGAAAAUGUACUGGUUUCUUCUAGGUGCUCAAUCAGCCACCUGCAUGAUUGUAUUGCUGGGUUAACUGACCGGAAGAAGGAAUUGGUGAAGUCAAUAGGCUUUGAAGGGUUGCUCUUAUUUCCAAACAUCAGGCAGCUAAAUAGGAGGUUCAUUCUCUGGUUAAUGAACAAAGUUGACCCACUCACACCAGCCAUGGUAAUUGGCUCGACAAGAAAGAUUGUGUUUGACAAAGAGGAUGCUGCCCGGGUAUUUGGAAUCCCAAGCCAAGGUUUAUCUGUUGCAGACAAUGGGAAGCCGGGGAAUGAGGUGGUUGCCUCAAUAAAGAGGGCGUAUUUGGGAAUAGAUCCAAAGGACAACCAUAGCAUAAAGGCUGCUCAAGAUGUGAUCGAAAGGAAUUACGACAGGUCAAUGACUGAUGAAGACGAGACAGCGUUUAAGGUGGCCUUCGUGAUCUACGUCAUGGACACGCUCUUAUCCCCAGGUGCCAAGUAUGACUACGCACCUGUAGACUACUGGAAUUGUCUCCAAGAACCCUCAAAGAUACCAGCAUUUGACUGUGCCAUGAAGUAUGAAUCGAACUGGAGUAAUUUGUGCCUGUUUUAUUGGCACAUUCAGUGGGGAUUUGAGUGUCCCGUGGUCGCUUGAGGUGUGUGAGUUUUCCGGACCUGGACAACAAUCCAUGCUUCUGUUCAAAAAUAGUGAAUUCAUGUGGGUUCCCCUUGUCUAGCCAGUCCGCUGCGGGUAUACUAGCUUCUACAAGGUCUUGCUUCUUCUUCUUCUUCUUUUGUCCAGACAACCAAGACUUAAGCCCUGUGUUAGGAGGUCUUCGGCCUUGACAGUCCUAGGAGGACAAGCAAUGGGCAUCACUCCAAUAUUUGAUACAUGUUCUAUUUGCUGUGGAGCCUGGAUUUCAGACGCUGCUUGUGAUGCUUCAGCGCUGGUAGACAAUGCUUGUAUAGCAUGCAGUAUACCUGACUCCGUAACUGAUGCCUUGCCACUAAUCACUUCAAUUGUCUUGGUUAGGAGAACCUUCUUCAGCAAA